CUCGUUAAAAAGGAUUAAAUUUGCAGUUGAAGGCUCCAUUAAGUUUUGACGGAGGAAUUUAAACCUAUUUGUUGAGUACACAGAGUAAACCUUCGUGUAAUGCUUUCAAGUUUUUUUCUUUUAGCGGAUUAUUAUACUGUUUCGUUUUGAAGCGCUUUUGAGGUGGCUGCUAUGUUUGAUUGUUAUCAACGGCAUGUCAAGUUCUUCCCUGUUUUGCGUCUAUCUUUAGUCUCAUUUACAUGUAUGUUUCUUCAGCUUGUUAUUCAGAAUUUGAAUUCUUGAUUUCUUCCAUCUGGGUAUUCGAUGUCCUCUGGAUUAAUGUUUUUCCGUCUAGUUCUGAAUCGUUUCUACUGUUCAAUGCUUGGAAUUUCAUCCAAUUCUCUUAUUGCUCGGUAUUCUCGACUGGGUCAAAUCGAGAAAGCUCGGGCUGUGUUCGAUGAAAUGCGUGACAAAAGCAUUGUGUCAUGGAACUCCAUUGUUGCUGGGUACUUUCACAACAAUCGGCCUCAGGCAGCCCAGAACAUGUUUGAUAAAAUGUCUGAGAGAAAUACUGUAUCUUGGAACGGCUUGAUUUCUGGGUAUAUUAAGAAUGGGAUGAUCAAUGAAGCUCGGAAAGUGUUUGAUAAAAUGCCUGAGAGGAAUGUUGUUUCUUGGACUGCAAUGGUUAGGGGGUAUGCGAAGGAGGGUAUGAUUUCUGAGGCAGAGGCACUUUUUUGGCAAAUGCCUGAAAGGAAUGUAGUGUCUUGGACGGUGAUGUUGGAGGGGCUUAUUCAAGAAGGUCGGAUUGAUGAUGCUUGUAGGCUUUUUGAUAUGAUGCCGGAGAAGGAUGUGGUGGCUAGAACUAGUAUGAUUGGAGGGUAUUGCCAAGCAGGACGUUUAGCUGAAGCUCGUAGGCUUUUCGAUGAGAUGCCUCGUAGGAAUGUUGUGUCUUGGACUAUGAUGAUCACUGGAUAUGUGCAGAACCAGCAAGUGGAUAUUGCUAGAAAGCUGUUUGAAGUUAUGCCUGAGAAAAAUGAAGUGUCAUGGACUGCUAUGCUGAUGGGCUACACCAAUUGUGGGCGGCUUGAUGAGGCUUCAGAGCUUUUUAACUCAAUGCCAAUUAAGUCUCUUGUUGCUUGUAAUGCAAUGAUUCUUGGUUUUGGCCAGAAUGGGGAAGUCCCAAAAGCAAGACAAGUGUUUGAUCAAAUGAGAGAAAAGAAUGAAGGAACAUGGAGUGCUAUGAUUAAAGUGUAUGAAAGGAAAGGCCUUGAGUUAGAAGCACUACAGUUGUUUUGUAUGAUGCAAAGAGAAGGAAUAAGGCCAAACUUUCCUUCUUUGAUCAGUGUUCUUUCAGUUUGUGCUAGCUUAGCCACUCUCGAUCACGGUCGAGAGAUACACGCACAGCUGGUGAGAUCCCAGUUUGACCUCGACGUCUAUGUCGCCUCUGUUCUUCUCACGAUGUAUGUAAAGUGUGGCAAUCUGGUGAAGGCAAAACAAAUAUUUGAUAGGUUUGCAACUAAGGAUGUUGUUAUGUGGAACUCUAUUAUUACAGGAUAUGCCCAACAUGGUCUAGGGGAGGAAGCGUUACAAGUUUUCCAUGAUAUGCAUUUUUCACGUGUCGUUCCCGACGAUAUCACAUUUAUAGGAGUUCUUUCAGCAUGUAGUUACACUGGCAAUGUGAAAAAGGGCUUAGAAAUUUUCAACUCCAUGGAAAUGAAGUAUCAAGUGGAACAAAAAACUGAACACUAUGCAUGUAUGGUUGAUUUGCUUGGUCGAGCGGGUAAGCUAAACGAGGCGAUGGAUUUAAUCGAAAACAUGCCAAUGGAAGCAGAUGCUAUUAUUUGGGGGUCUUUAUUAGGUGCUUGUAGAACCCACAUGAGAUUGGAUUUGGCUGAAGUUGCAGCCAAGAAGCUUCUACAGCUUGAGCCUAAGAAUGCAGGGCCUUACAUUUUGUUGUCAAAUAUUUAUGCAUCUCAAGGUCGAUGGAACGAUGUCGCCGAGUUGCGAAGAACUAUGAGAGAUAGAAGUGUGAACAAGUCCCCAGGCUGUAGCUGGAUUGAUGUGGAUAAGAAAGUACACAUGUUUACAGGAGGUGAGAGCUCUGGACAUCCUGAGCAUUCAGAGAUCAUGAGAACAUUAGAGUGGUUAUCUGGAUUGCUAAGAGAGGAAGGAUAUUACCCGGAUCAAAGUUUCGUGCUACAUGAUGUCGAUGAAGAAGAGAAAGUGCAAAGCUUGGGAUAUCAUAGUGAGAAACUGGCUGUGGCUUAUGGACUUCUUAAACUACCAAAAGGGAUGCCGAUUCGUGUAAUGAAGAAUCUUCGUGUUUGUGGGGAUUGCCACACUGCUAUUAAACUUAUUGCAAAGGUUACAGGAAGAGAGAUCAUCUUGAGAGAUGCCAAUCGGUUCCAUCAUUUUAAGGAUGGCUUGUGUUCGUGUCGGGAUUAUUGGUGAUAUCGAAUGUGUUAUUGCAUCGAGUUUGAAUUAAUGCAUCCAAAUUUUCCCAUGCGUUCAAGAUUGAAGUCCAGUAAAUGACUAAAUGACCAACCUUAGUGAUUCAAGUUCAGUAAAUGACCAACGGCCAACCUCGUACACCCUAUAUCUUGUUGAUUUGGGAACCGCAAUCAAUUCUGCUGGGGAGAAAUGGAAAUCAACGAACAUGUUGGAAAAAGUUGUCUGAUUCAUCAUCCAAGUUAGCUGGAGUGAGACAAGACACAAAAUUUGGAGAGAAUCCCUUGUUUGCAAUGGAGACGAGGAAAAUAAUGCAUAAAAAAAUGAGCGUAAAGUGUGAUAAUUGCACUUCUUCUAGAUUCAUAUCAAUUGUGAUCGUAAGUAUUCUUCCGAAAAAAUAUUUCUCAAUCUUGAGGUCGCUUCAAGAGAUUCAAAAAUUUGGUAAUAAAUUAUUUUAGUCCUCGAACUUUCAUCAA